GGGGGUAGGGGCGCCUGAGCCGGAAGCGCCUCUCCGGAAGGCAGGGGGCGGUGCCGGCCUAGGGCGGCUGGACGAUGGCGGCGGCGCAGCGGGAGCUCUCCGCUUAGCUCGGAGCUGCGCAGAGCAGGAUGGCCGCGAUGGGGCCGGCCGCAGCAGGAGACCAGGUCCCGGGCGCCGAGGCGGAGCCGGGCGCCUCGCCGCCGCCGCCCCUAGGGCCCCUGCUUCCUCUGCAGCGGGAGCCGCUAUACAACUGGCAGGCGACCAAGGCGUCGCUAAAGGAGCGCUUCGCCUUCCUCUUCAACUCGGAGCUGCUGAGCGACGUGCGCUUCGUACUCGGCAAGGGCCGCGGCGCAGCCGCCGCCGGGGGCCCGCAGCGCAUUCCCGCACACCGAUUCGUGCUGGCGGCCGGCAGUGCAGUCUUCGACGCCAUGUUCAACGGCGGCAUGGCUACCACGUCGGCCGAGAUCGAGCUGCCGGACGUGGAACCUGCUGCCUUCCUGGCGUUGCUUAGAUUCCUAUAUUCAGAUGAAGUUCUUGGCCCAGAAACAGUUAUGACCACUCUUUAUACUGCUAAGAAAUAUGCAGUCCCAGCCUUGGAAGCACAUUGUGUGGAAUUUCUCACCAAGCAUCUUAGAGCAGAUAAUGCCUUUAUGUUACUUACUCAGGCUCGAUUAUUUGAUGAACCUCAGCUUGCUAGUCUUUGUCUGGACACUAUAGACAAAAGUACAGUGGAUGCAAUAAGUGCAGAAGGGUUUACUGAUAUUGAUAUAGGUAAACACCUCUGUGCGGUUCUGGAAAGAGACACACUUAGUAUUCGAGAAAGUCGACUUUUUGGAGCUGUUGUACGAUGGGCAGAAGCCGAAUGUCAGAGACAACAAUUGCCUGUUACUUUUACAAACAAACAGAAAGUUCUAGGAAAAGCACUUUCCUUAAUCCGUUUCCCACUGAUGACAAUUGAGGAGUUUGCGGCAGGUCCUGCUCAAUCUGGGAUUUUGUCAGAUCGUGAAGUGGUAAACCUCUUUCUUCAUUUUACUGUUAAUCCUAAACCCCGAGUGGAAUACAUUGAUCGACCACGGUGCUGCCUUAGAGGAAAGGAAUGCUGCAUCAAUAGAUUUCAGCAAGUAGAGAGCCGUUGGGGUUAUAGCGGAACAAGUGAUCGAAUCAGGUUCACAGUCAAUAGAAGAAUCUCUAUAGUUGGAUUUGGCUUAUAUGGAUCUAUUCAUGGUCCCACGGAUUAUCAAGUGAAUAUACAGAUCAUCGAAUAUGAAAAGAAACAAACCCUUGGACAGAAUGAUACUGGAUUUAGUUGUGAUGGGACUGCUAACACAUUCAGGGUCAUGUUCAAAGAACCUAUAGAGAUCCUACCCAACAUAUGCUACACAGCAUGUGCAACACUCAAAGGUCCAGAUUCCCAUUAUGGCACAAAAGGAUUGAAGAAAGUAGUACAUGAGACACCUGCUGCAAGCAAGACUGUUUUUUUCUUUUUCAGUUCCCCUGGCAAUAAUAAUGGCACUUCAAUAGAAGAUGGACAGAUACCAGAAAUAAUAUUUUAUACAUAAUGUAGCAGUAUAAUACAUCUUGACUAAAUAGUACCAUGCAAUCUAGUCUCAAAAGUAGAAACAACUGACCACAAAAAAAUUAGUUUGAGUGUCAUGAUUAUUUAUAAUUGUAAGAUAAGAAACAUUUUAGUUUCCUAGGGAAAAUAGAAAAAAUGUUGAUCUAAAUCUCUGCAUGACUUAAAAGGCAGAUUUUCAAUUUUCUUAUCACCUUAGGAGAAAAGAUAACUGGGUUUAAUUGUGUUAAAAAAAAAAAAAAAAAGCUCAGCUAUUUCAGCUUCAUGUUGUAUAAUUUCAUAGAUCUGCUAAACUUACGGUCUUUCAAUAGUUUUGAAUUGAAAGAUUCUUGUUAUAUAUAAUAGGUUUGGUUUUUUCUGUUUUAACUAUUUUGAAGGUUAAAUGAGAUGAGGUGGGUCAGUAUUCCUACAGAAUUCCUUUUAAUUCAAGUAACUAGUUUCAGAAAAUUAAGAAAACUGACCUUAUAUUUGGGGUUUUGAAAUGUCUCGUUGUUAGCAUUUGGAACAAGCUUUAAAAAAAAAAAAAAUCUAAUAAAUGCCCAGGAAAUUUUUCAAUGUAUUUACAGAAAAGGAUAUUUUGUAAUAGUAUAGUAAUGCAUUA